UUUAAAAAAACCCUCAUCAACUAAACUCUGUCAGCCGCCUCUUACCUCGCGUUCAGUGCUCGCUCUCAUUCUCUAUCUGGUUCGUCGUGCUCCACAGUCCCCUCGCCUCCCACGCUGCUUCUCCGCUCCGCCAUUCCCACACUUCACUCUCUCAAUCAGUAAGGUUUCAGCCAUGGGUGCGCUUGCUUCCAUCUCUCCUUGGAUUCCUGAGGAUGACCUUUUACUCAAGAACGCCGUUGAGGCUGGUGCGUCUUUGGAGUCACUUGCUAAGGGUGCAGUGCAAUUCUCUCGAAAAUUUACUGUUCGAGAACUGCAAGAUCGAUGGCUUACUCUUCUUUAUGAUCCAAUUAUUUCUGCUCAAGCAUCUGCUCAAAUGAUUGAGUUUGAGCGUUCUAUUUCAAUGCUUCCAUCGAAGUUCAAUAGAUUUGGAAAUUUAAAAGAGAACAAGUGUGUUGCUGGGAAGAGAAAAGCAGAAAGUAUUCGUAGUUGCUACUAUGCUUUGCGUAAAAGAUUCUGUAAUGAACCGUUUGAUUCCAUGGAUCUCACUCUUCUUGUUUGCCCUACUAAUAACACUUACGUUGGAAAUGGAGAUGAGCCUUUAUCCUCAAAUUGCAUGCUUGGAGAAGCAGUCUCAAACCCUUUUGGGCUUGAGGUUUCAGAAAUGGAUAAUAUGACUUGUGCUUUUCCAAAUGAUCUGAUGGAUGAUGGUACUAUCCAUGCUUUCCAUGCAGGUCUUGAAAACCCAUCUGAAGAAAAUUUUUGUAUUGAGCAAAAUAACAUGCUUGAAGAAAUUCCUCAUGUUCCCGAAGAAAAUAUGCCUUCUACCAGAAAUGUCUCUGGGGUCGAGGAGAUGGGAGAACCAGCAGAUUUGGUAGACAGCCUCUUUGAAGGGGUUGAAAUAGAAGUGAAAACCUCUCCCCCUUUCAAUCAAGUUGAUGAUGGUCAGUUGAACAUUUGUUCUGAAUUUGAAGGAAAUAAGGCCUUUAAUUCCUCUGGCGCAGGAUCUGUUACACCGUUUAACAGCAUGGAGUAUUUAUCUCCACUUACAAUGAUGCCAGUGGAUAAUUGUCUUGGAGACAGAGAUCUAUGCGCUGGAGAUUCUUUUCACCUUCCUGAUGAUUAUGAUGCUAGGAGUAGAAGAACUUCUGGCUUUGAUGUUCACUCAGAAGUCAAGGUGAAAAUGGAAUCGGCCUAUGAUAAUUUUCAAGUUCAUGGUGGCACUGACAAUUAUUUAGCUGAACUAUCCAAUUCUCUUUUACACUUCAAUGAUGAAGAGCUCCUGUGUACUGACGGAAGAGAUAUGAUUGAUAAGUCUUACUAUGAUGGUCUAAGCUCACUUUUGUUGAGUUCACCAAAUGAUGUUGGUCAAGAUCAGAUGACCGAUGUAAUGGAACUAGAAACAUCAACAGAUCCAGAUAUGUGUACGAUGAAUUCAUCUGGCCCUUGUCAUGGAGAGCCACAUGAUGAUAUGGAGUGUCACAAGGGUGAUGAACAAAUAUCAUUCAAUUCUCCAAACCAGAUGCAAUCUUCUAUAUCAACUUCAAAAAUUCAAUUUCCUGAAUUAGAAGAUGGCAUUAUUUGCUGUGUGUUAAAUACCGAGGACCCUGAAAUUCCAUGUAAUGAUGAUGUUUUAAUAUCAAAUCAGCCAUCUGUGAUGUUGUCUGCCGCAGAAGCGAAGCUUCAAGAAGCAAAUAGGCCACUUUCUUCAACUGUUAAGGAUUUAAGUAGCAAUCAACGAACUAGUGAUAGAGGACCUCACUUGAUGCAUAAAGAAAGAAUAACCCCUGGAGAUUCUCAUGUAUUUUCUCAACAUCUUUCACAAGAGAUGGGUCCGAGUCCCUCAGUUGGUAGUUUUGGGGUCAAGUUUGCAGCAUCUAAGUCUGACUCAAAUAAUAUGGCAUCUAAGGUUGCAGGUAUUGCUAGUAGUGGUCUAAAUUCUGCAAAUUCAAGCACAAGGAUACUCCAAGAGACUCUGAAGGAAGAGACCAGAGAAAUUUCAAUGGCCAAGCAUCUCAUCUCAACUGAUAUCUCUGUAGAGAAACCAGCUUUAGGCUCUGCGAGCUUUAAAAGCUGUCCACAAACAAAUGCCACUAGUAUCAAAGAGGAACAAGAUGGGCCUAGAUAUCAGGAGUCAGUACAUGCGGAACUGACGCCCACGAUUGAUACUGCUGUUUCUGAACCACUUCUAGACAAUCCCACAGCAGAGCAGGAUGGGGUUCUUCAUGAGAGUGACGAAGAUGACAUACCUUAUUAUUCAGAUAUUGAAGCAAUGGUACUUGACAUGGACUUGGAUCCAGAUGAACAAGACUUGCAUUCUAGUGAAGAAGUCUCAAGAUAUCAGCACGAGGAGACUAAGAGGGCAAUCAUACGACUGGAGCAGAGUGCUCAUUCUUGUAUGCAACGAGCUAUUGCAUCUCAUGGAGCACUUGCCAUUUUAUAUGGACGACACUCAAAGCAUUAUAUUAAGAAACCUGAGGUGUUAUUAGGUAGAGCAACAUUUGAAAGCCCUGUUGACAUAGAUUUGGGAAGAGAGGGUCGCUCCAAUAAGAUAUCCCGGAGGCAGGCCAUUAUAAAGAUGGACAAGGGUGGAUCUUUCUGUCUGAAAAACCUUAGCAGCAGGUUUUCAAUAUCUAUGAACAGCAAAGAAAUAGGCCCUAAGCAGAGUCUUAACCUUAAUUCGAGUUGCUUGAUCGAGAUAAGAGGAAUGCCAUUCAUAUUUGAGACGAACCCAACUCGUGUGAAAAUGUAUGUGGAUAGCAUGAAGACUAGCCAAAUGCAGGAGGACCAAAUACAAACAUAGAGGAGGUGCAAUAAAAGCAUGAGAGCUUGAAAUUUGCAAAAUAAUCUCAUGUAGGGUCGCUUAGUGUACAUAUAGGUGGCGUUUGGUUGGAGGUAAUGAAAUGGAAUGGAAUGGAAAGAAAACAAUUUUUAUUUCAUUCUUUUGAUCGGUUACAUUUUAAAGUAUUGGAAUGUCAUUUUCACCAUUUUGGUGGAAUAAUUCUUCCAUUUUGAAAUAGAGAAAAAAAAAAUAAUUCCAAUGAAAUAUGAGAAAAAAUUUAAUAAUUUUUUUAUCGAUUUUUUUAUGCAUUUAAAUUUUAUUGCAUUCCUAUUUCUAUUCUUAUUUCUAUUAUUAUUCUUAUAUUUUCAUUUUUCCUAACCAAACGCCACCUUAGGGUUUGUUUGAGCGACUCUCAAGGUCGUUUAGUGUAAUUUUUGGAUCGCAGUAAUGACUUGAGGUUAUUUUGCAUAUACAUAUAUUUAGAAGUUAUUAUGCUAGUACAUAUUUCUAUCAAAGUCAACAUUCCUGAAGAUGGUCGGCUGUUUCUUACCCAGAAGUUGAGCGUGGUGAUAGUUUGGCAACAUCCAAUUCCAAUUUACUCAUUUUUCACUUGGGCUAUAUUUUUAAGUUACGAUUUUGAUGGAAAAAAAUGUGAAAAAUAAAAAAUAACAUCCAAUCUAAUUAUAAUUGGAUAUUUAAUGUUUGGUAGUUAGUUGUAAUUGAAUUGGAUUGAUUUAUGCACACUCUAUAUUUUCCUUACCUACUAAAAUUUAAUUUCCAAACAUAGCCUAAAGAGAAGGUAGUAUAUUUGAUUUGGUGGAAUAACAUCGGAAUGGAAAAGUCAUUAGUAAUAAUGACACGUUUAUUAUACAGUAUUUAGAAUCAGAAUAAAUUAAUAGAAAAAUUUAACGGAAUAAAUAAAAAAUAAUCAUAAUCAAUAUUUGUAAUA